AUGCACACAACUUCUGAGCUACUCAAGCAGGCCUUACUGGAUAUUCGUAUGCACCCAGAUCUGAUUCCGGCUCUGCGAGAUGAAGCACAGAAGGCUGUCGAGGAGAGCGGAUGGACAACUGCAGGCGUCUUCAAAAUGCAGCUGUUGGACAGCGCAGUAAAGGAGACACAGCGGCUCAAACCGGGAUCAUUAGUAAAUCUUGAGUGGAAAGCGCUGCAAGAUGUGAUCCUUCCCAAUGGCUUGACUAUCCCUCGCGGGACCAAUGUUGCAGUUGAUUCAUCCAUGAUGUGGGACCCAGCGAUUUACCCCGAUCAAUUCUCUUAUGAUGCGUACCGUUUUCUUCGUCUUCGCAACUCCGGUGAUACUGCAGCAGCACUUGCUUCCAUCAGCCCGGAGCACAUUGCCUUUGGAAUUGGCAAGGCAAUCUGUCCUGGGAGAUUCUUUGCUAGCAACGAAGUCAAGAUUGCUCUGCUAAGAUUCUCUUGA